AUGGGCUUCCUAUUCCUGGAGGACCUCGACCACGAAGAGGAGGACACGUACGGGUGCAAGUGCUGCCUGGCACACCUCGCCCGGCGCUCGGACGUGUAUUCGCGGCUCUUCCACAGCUGCUCGGGCAAAGCAUACCUCUUCAAGGGCGUGUGCAAUGUCUUGGAGGGCCCCUCCGUCGACCGCCGCAUGACCACCGGCGUGCACACCGUCUGCGACGUCUACUGCGCACGCUGCAUGGAGCUCGUCGGAUGGCGGUACCUCAAGGCACACGAGGAGUCCCAGCAGUACAAGGAAGGCAAGGUCAUCCUCGAGCGCGCCAAGAUCGCGGAUGCAGCGGAGCGGCGAGCGGCGUCCCUGGCAUCAGCGGGGGCCAGCAGCCUCGGAUCGGGCCACUCCGACUCGGGUGGCAGCGAGGCGGGCUGUCCUUAG